AUGCUCGCGUUGGCCGAAUCGAGUGGGAAGUUGGCGGUGAUCCGAUCCGAGAUCGGGCAGAUUUCUUCUUUUCCUUCCGCGAUCUCGAGGGUCAAAAUGCCAGACGAUCUCGCUUGGGAGAAAUUGAUUUUCUCUAGAGAGACAUUGAUCUCUAUCAUCUUAGCUCUAGGUUUUCUUUUACUCAAACUGAAAACACCCCCCAUUCGUCCAAAAGGAUGCCGGCGCCUGGGACUUCCACCUGGGACGAGCAAUCUGAACGAUGAAUACGACUCAAAAUAUACUCACGGCGUACCUGAGAAUCAGGACGACGAAGGUCGCCCAUCUUGGCGCGUCAAGGCGUUGUUCAGCUAUCCUCUCAAAUCAUGUCGCGGAGUUGAGCUAGAAGCCUCAAAUGUAGUCCCCACUGGACUCGAGUACGACAGGCAAUUCACAUUUGCUGGAUACAACAACGACAAAUGGAACAUCCGCACACUGCGCAAUAAAGGUUUCAAUCGCCUGGCGCUAGUCGAACCGAAGAUUUGGAUCCCCGAUCCCUCCGCUCACAACUAUGAUCCCAAUUCCGCCGAAGUGCGAUCCAAGGGUGUGUUGGUCAUUUCGUACCCACGCGUCGCACCAGCAGGAUUGUACGGGAAACUUGUGAAAAUGGGCAUGGCACUAAACAUCUGUGACAGCCGGCUUCAAUUCCAAGUUCCACUGCAUCCACCCGUGGAGUCCACAUUCCCAGAAGUCCCUGUGAAGAUCUGGAAAGACUGCCCCAUCGCUCUGGACUAUGGUGCACUCCUCCCAGACUCCCUGCACGAGUAUCUGGAAUCCGAUCCAUCCAAGCCGGAACUGACAUUGUUCCGCGCGAGCGCAUCGCACACGCGCGAAAUCUUCCGCAAUGCCCCGACCAAAGAGGACAUAGGAUUUCAGCCCAACACUGCCUUCGCAGAUGCCUAUCCAAUUCAUUUGCUGAAUAUGUCAAGUCACAGAGAUGUGGCGUCGCGCUGUGCCUAUGCUAUCCCGCGACUGAGCAUUCGGCGGUUCCGCGCAAAUAUCAUCGUUCAAGGGCCAUCUGCCUUCGAGGAAGAUCACUGGAAGCGAGUUUCAAUUGGCGGAACUGAAAUCUAUACUUCCUGUCGGACUGUUCGGUGCCGACUGCCAAAUGUCGACCCAGACUCUGGGGAUAGACACAAGGCUGAGCCGGACAAGACGCUGAAGUCAUAUCGGCGAAUCGAUGAGGGGGACCUGACCAAUGCCUGUCUGGGCAUGCAGCUUGUUCCAUCGAAGGGAGAGUUUAUUCUGCGGGUUGGAGACAAGCUCGAUGUCAUUGAGACGGGACUGCAUCAGUACAUCAAGAUGUUGGCUCCUGGAGAGAAGGUCGAGGGGGUAUGA